GGUGUAGGGGAUGGGGAAUACUUAGACAUCAGGCAGAACAUCAGGAGUUAGCACUCUGGGGCGCUCUCAUCCUGAUGUGUGUACCUCCUUGGCCCUGUUCCAAAAUGCAGAUCAGUUAGGGCUGUGCUGAGUUAGCUCAGCCCUCUUACCUCUAUCCUCUAACAGACCUGCUAAAAAGAGCAAGAGGUCCCUGGACUUUGGAGCUGAGCUUCCUGCCAUUAAGGGGAUAGGAGGCACCAGGCAUGUGGUGGUGGCAGUCAGAGGCCGGUGGAUCUGUCCGCUGGCUCCGAAAGAGAAGCAACUCAACAUGGAUGCUAGAAAAGAGGGGCUGCCCUUGGAGACACUCUUUUCAGACCAAUACCCACAGGUCCGCAGGUGGCUGGCCCCCUUCAUCCUUGCCUGCUCCCUUUACUUCCUCCUCUGGAUUCCUGUGGACCAGCCAUCUUGGGUCAGUGCCCUGAUCAAGUGCCAGCCCAUUCUCUGCCUGGUUAUGUUCCUGUGGGCUGUGGCCCCUGGUGGGAGCAACACCUGGCUCCUGCAGGGAGCUCUGGUAUGUUCUGCUGUGGGAGAUGCCUGCCUCAUCUGGCCUGAAGCUUUCAUUUAUGGCAUGGCAGCCUUCUCUGUUGCCCACUUAUUCUACCUCGGGGCUUUUGGCCUGACCCCACUGCAGCCCGGAUUGCUGCUGUGCACCACCUUGGCCUCUCUGACAUACUACAGCUUCCUCCUGCUACACCUUGAGCAGGGCAUGGUCUUGCCCGUGGUGGCCUAUGGGCUGAUUUUGAACUCCAUGCUGUGGCGCAGCCUUGCCUGGGGUGGAAGUGCUAGCUGGGGUGCUGUGCUCUUUACAGUCUCAGAUGGUGUGCUGGCCUGGGACACUUUUGUCUACUCUUUACCUUUUGCCCGCCUAGUGACCAUGAGCACCUACUAUGCAGCCCAGCUUCUCCUCACCCUGUCGGCUCUCAGGAACCCAGGGCUCAAAACCCACUAAUGCAGGCCUCAGACAGCCUGGUAUCCCCUUCUAUAGGGACCUUGGCUUUCCACACUGACCCAGCCUGGCAAGUGAAUGCUUCCAGUCAUAUGCUGACAGAUAUGUGGCCAUCUUUAACAUCUGCAUACUGUUGGCAGAAUUUCACAUCUACCACUGAUUUCAAACUGCCUUCCCUGGCUUCUUCUGGAUUCCAGGACCCUCAACCCAACCCAUAUCCUGUCUUCCCCUCCCCAUGCCCACUUCCUUUUCCCAGUCAGCCUUUCCUAUCCACCUGCCCCUUCACACUGCUCCAGAUCUGGUUCUAGCUGUUUAAGUAAAAUGAGUGUUGGAA